UGUUCGUUCAGGGGAUUCAGAUCACAAGUACACCGAGAAUGGCGUCGUACAGGCCGCCGUAUCCUCCUCAAAAUCCUUUGGCCCCUCCGCCUCCUCCGCCGUCUUUACCCCCUCCUGUUCCUCCCCCACCACCGUCGCAUCAACCGUACUCUUAUCCUCCGCCGCCUCCCCCUCCGCAUGCUUACUAUCAGCAGUAUCCUCAAUUCAACCAGGUCCAAGCUCCUCCUCCUCCACCUCCACCUCCCUCAGCUCCUCCUCCCCUCGUACCCGAUCCUCCUCGAAAUCAAGGGCCCAAUGACCGCGACAAAGGGGCCUCGAGGCGGGAGCGUGCUAAACCGGAUCCAUCGAAGCACCACAGGUCUCAUCUUCCCCAUACUAAGAAAAUCGAGACCGAAGAAGAGAGGAGGCUUAGGAAGAAGAAGGAGUUAGAGAAACAAAGGCAAGAAGAAAAACUUAGACAGCAGAUGAAAAAUUCUCACAAGUCUCAGAUGCCCAAGGGACACACGGAGGAGAAGAAGCCGACGCCUCUACUCACCACCGACAGGGUCGAGAAUAGGUUAAAGAAACCAACCACCUUCAUCUGCAAGCUCAAGUUCCGGAAUGAGCUCCCUGACCCUAGUGCUCAGCUUAAGCUUAUGACCAUUAAGCGGGAUAAAGAUCAAUUUACAAAGUAUACCAUCACAUCGCUGGAGAAAUUAUGGAAACCAAAAAUCUUUGUCGAGCCUGAUCUUGGAAUACCCUUGGAUCUGCUUGACCUAAGUGUAUACAACCCUCCCAAAUUCAAGGCACCUCUUGCCCCUGAAGAUGAAGAACUGCUGCGUGAUGAUGAUGCUAUUACACCUAUUAAGAAAGAUGGCAUCCGGAGAAAAGAAAGGCCAACUGAUAAAGGUGUUUCCUGGCUCGUGAAAACACAAUACAUUUCUUCUAUUAAUAAUGAAUCGGCAAGACAGUCGCUAACUGAGAAACAAGCAAAGGAACUGCGAGAGAUGAAAGGAGGCAUCAACAUCUUGCACAAUCUUAACAAUAGAGAGAGACAAAUCAAGGAUAUUGAAGCAUCCUUUGAAGCAUGCAAGUCUCGACCAGUUCAUGCCACCAAUAAAAGCUUGCAGCCGGUUGAAGUUUUACCACUGUUGCCAUAUUUUGAUAGGUACGAUGAGCAGUUUGUGGUAGCGAAUUUUGAUAGUGCUCCUACAGCUGAUUCUGAAUUCUUUGGCAAGCUAGACCCAUCAAUUCGUGAUGAACAUGAGUCACGGGCCAUUUUGAAAAGCUAUGUGGUGGCUGGAUCAGACACUGCCAAUCCAGAAAAAUUUCUGGCGUACAUGGUUCCUUCGUUGGAUGAGUUGUCUAAGGAUAUGCAUGAUGAAGACGAAGAUAUCUCUUACACUUGGGUUCGCGAAUACCACUGGGAUGUACGUGGUGAUGAUGCAAAUGAUAUUGGCACAUACCUGGUAUCGUUUGAUGAUGGGGCCGCUAGCUAUCUGCCCCUACCCACGAAGCUGAACUUGAGGAAGAAAAGGCCCAGGGAAGGAAGAUCUUCUGAUGAGAUUGAACACUUUCCAGUACCUUCAAGGGUGACUGUAAGGCGAAGAUCAACUGUAUCAGUGAUCGAACAUAAAGAUUCAGGGGUUUACUCUUCUAGGGUUGGUGCUUCGAGCUCCAAGAUGAGAAGAUUAGAGGACGAAGAAGGCCUUGGUAGAUCUUGGAAACAUGAGCCGGAACAAGAUGCCAAUCAAUAUAGUGAUGGUAAUGAGGAUGAUUAUUCUGAAUGAACGUUUUAUGUACUUCAAACUAUUCAAUCGGUUUUCCAAUGGUGUGUGAAGUAUCCUGCAAGGCUACUUUUAGGCUAAUUUAAAGCGUAAUAUGGCCUCGACCAGAGCCUCGUAAUUUGGCAAGUAAAGAAAUAUUGAUUUGGAUAGCUGGCGAAGCUGAAAAACGAUUUGACAUGUACACGUCCAUGGUUAAAUGAAUUGGCCAUUUCGUUAGGCUUUUACGACU